AUGAAGAGGUCGAGCCUACCAAAGAACCUACCCCUGCACCCACGUUCCGAAGAGCCUACUCCUCCACCUUCCGAAGAGCAACCCCUUCCGAAAGAGGUUCCCAUGGAGCCAUGGCGUUUUAACAACACCGUGGAGCAGUUGUUGAAAGACUCCGAAGUCGGUGGAAGGAGUAUAAAGGAAGUUCUGUGUUCUGUCUUUUGCCCUAGCAAAGUGCUCUGCGCGAUGAACGAGCUCAGGAAGCUGGCUCAUAUCUUCUUCGAACUAAGCAACAUUAUUGCGAAGGCUCGAUUGGGCGUUCUUCAGUUCAUCUGCUGUUUCCUUAAGCUGCAGUAA